AUGUCGUCGCUAAAGGGUACCGUCGUCGCUACAGUUGUUGUCGCUAAAGGGGUUCCACCGGCGAUCCUCUUGUGCCACACGCCAUUUAAUCGUGACCGUAGGGUGUUAUUUUUUUGGAUUGCAUUGCUCCAUCUCAUGGCUGCUGUGAUGGGUCAUGGAGGCGACAAUGGUGACGAGCCACCACAUCCGUUCGGUGGAGUGGUGCCUCCGAGACGAAGAGGCGCGGCGGUAAAUAAUAAAAUGCACAAACUAUAUAAAGCUAACAGUGAACGACCUUUGAAGAUAGUAUUCGACAUAAAUACUAACAUGCCGAUUGGGGAGGUGUAUGAAUGUUUCAUUCGGGAGACAUGGUUUGAUUUUGGAUUGAUUGCAAAUCAUCCCAUGACUUCAACUUAUUGGGCGUCACUGAACAAUCGGAUAUGUGCGCGGUAUAGAGGCUGCACAAAUAUUGCAAAAAACCGUUUGAUUGAUUUUGCAGCGGAUGUGGAGGUAGCAAUGGCUCAAGUCCCUACAGGCAUAGGAUCCGCUGGAAACAAAGAAUUCCGAAAGAAGCAAAAUGCCUUAGUUGCUGAGGUUGCUCUACAUACUCAUCACAUAGCCGACUCUGGUGGUGAGACACUAUUGAUUGGAUCGCAAUAUUUGAGAAGGUCUUGGGAUGUUGAUGUGAAUGCUUUUCUUCAAAACCCGAUAUUUGUGACGGCCAUUGGAGACAUUAUACGCUCCUUUAAAAACCAAGUCAACAAUGAUGGGGAAGACGAAGACGAAGACGAAGAAACAUAA